UCUUGUUCGAAGGGGCUUCCCGGUUUUUGCUGCCUGCUUCCCCCACUGUCUCUCGCCGCGGGCGGUGGCGCCCGUCCCCUCCCAGGGGGGCGCGGCGGCCGGAGGCGGGGGUCGUGGCGGCCGCACGGGGCGGCGCUGGGAGGGCGGGCGCUGGGCCCGCCCCGUCGGCAUCCCUGGCCCGACUUCCUCCGGCCGCGGCCGGCCGACCCAGCUGGAGGAAGCAGCGGCGGCGGCGGCCACGAUGAGUUCGGGCGACGCAGUGUGCACCGGCUGGCUCGUCAAGUCUCCACCCGAGAGGAAACUGCAGCGCUACGCCUGGCGCAAGCGCUGGUUUGUCCUCCGGCGGGGCCGCAUGAGUGGCAACCCUGACGUCUUGGAGUACUACAGAAACAAACACUCGAGCAAGCCCAUUCGUGUGAUAGACCUCAGCGAGUGUACAGUGUGGAAGCAUUCAGGCCCUGGCUUCGUUCGGAAGGAAUUUCAGAAUAAUUUCGUGUUCAUUGUUAAGACUACUUCUCGUACAUUCUAUCUGGUGGCCAAGACCGAGGAAGAAAUGCAGGUGUGGGUAUACAGCAUCACUCAGGUCUGCAACUUCGGCCACCUGGAGGGUGGUGCAGAUUCCAUGGAGAGCCUCUCUCACACGCCCUGCUCCCUCCAGCCAUCCUCUGCCAGCUCUCUUCACACUGCCCAUGCUGUCAGCUCCUCCUUGCCAAGAGAUGACCCAAGCUCUAGUACUGUAGCCACUGAGGAAACCAGAAGUGAGUCAGAGUUUCCCUUACUUCCUGAUUAUCUGAUUCUGUCCAACUGUGAGACUGGAAGACUGCACCAUGCCAGUUUACCCACCAGAUGUGACAGCUGGUCAAACUCAGACCGUUCAUUGGAACAGACUUCAUCUGAUGAUGUUUUUGUUGAUGGCCUGCAGUCGCUGCACUAUGUUAACUUGGCCGACCCCUUAACCCGUCAGAAUGGAUCUCAGGAGGCACCUUACUAUGCAAGGCCUCGGGCUUCCCUGAUCUGGAAUAGAGAUAGCAAUGGGCCAUACAGGGACCACUUUUCUUCACCAUUGCUGGAAACUGCCUUAAAUUCCACCAUUCAGGUAGAUACAAACCAAGGUUCUUUACCCUAUGGGGCAACAAAACUAGACCUUGUGCCCAAUGUGCCACCUCCUCGCCCCCCUAAACCAAUCCAUCUCUCUGAACGGCGCCAAGAGGAGCGGCUCCUGUGGAGUGGGCACAGCAGUAUCAAGAAACCAGAAUGCACUACGGCACCAAGAAGAAUCUCUCUCUCUGGCUUAGAUAACAUGAGACCCUGGAGAGCUGAUGUAGAAGGCCAAUCCUUAAGACAGCGAGACAAGCGGCAUAGUUUAAAUUUGCCAUGCAGAUUCUCUCCAAUGUGCCCCACAGCUUCAACCAGUGAUGAAGACAGCUAUGUGCCUAUGGCCCCACUGGGAGCCAUCUCUUGUCUCAAAACCGAGUCCAACUCUGAUGACUACAUCCCAAUGAGCUCAGGAAGCUUCUCCAGCCCACUGCCUGAGCUACCUGCAAACCUGGAACCUCCCCCAGUAAAUAGAGAUCUCAAGCCUCAGAGGAAACCGCGGUCACCUCCCCUAGACCCAAGAAACCUUUCUACCAUCCGGGAACACGCAUCUCUAACCAGGACCCAUACUGCGCCUUGCAAUCGGACGAGCUUUCUCUCUCCAGAAAGAAAUGGUAUUAAUUCUGCAAGAUUUUUUGCCAGUUCUGUUUCCAGAGAAGAGAAAGAAAGCAACACUCAAAUGGGGCAACACCAAACAGUCAACUCCCGGAGCAGUGGUGCUCUGAUGUGGACAAAGAAAUGCAACCUAGAUUAUUUAGCCCUGGACUUCAAUUCAUCAUCACCAGCCCCUGUACAGCAGAAACUUCUUUCAGAAGAACACAAAGUCGACUAUGUCCAAGUGGAUGAGCAGAAGACGCAAGCUCUUCAGAGCACAAAGCAGGAGUGGACCGAUGAGAGGCAAUCCAAAGUUUUUUGAAAAAGAGCCAGUCGGUAAACGUUGCAGAGACCCUCCAGAUUCCUUGGCCAAGAGCAUCGUUAUUUGUCCUUCUAAAGCUCAGAACAACCACCACCUUUGAAACUUGUAAACUCUCAGCCUUUGAGACAGUUGCAGAAUGCCCAAUAUUCUUAGCUCCUGCUUCUUUUGAUCCACAGCUGAUAAAAAGAUAUACCUCAAUAUUGUAAAAGCUUCUGUUAGAAAUAACUGUACUUUAGUAGAACUAUCUUUUUGCACAUGAAGACCUCAAACACCAUGGUUUGCAACCUGGGCACUCUGUUUUUAUUGGAGAAAACACCUCCAAAAACACUCUUCAACCUCACUGGAAAGUCCCCUGUCAGGUCUUGUUAACCAACCCUUGUGCUGCUAACAUCCAUGGAACAGACAGAUUCACAUGUCACAUCUAAAGAAAACACCAGCCCGGGCUGGUGUAGUCAAGUUGAAGCAUUGUCCUGUAACCGAAAGAUUGCGUGUUUGAUUCCUGGUCAGGGGACACACCUAGAUUGUGUGUUUGCCCCCCACCCCAAUCCCUGUCCAGGUAUGUGUGGGACUCAGUUGAUCAAUACUUCUUUCUCUCCCUUCCUUUCUCUCUAAAAGCAAUGAAAAAAUGCCCUAGGGUGAGGAUUUUUAAAAGUGAGAGAGAAAGAAAGCACCAAACCCUGAAUGGACUUGCAGACCUGAAAAUAAAGAUCUCCAGGAAUUGAAACAGAUGAGAGCUAAAGGAGACAGCUUUCCCAAGAUGACCAGACCAGGCCUGUAUACCUUCCCCCCCCCCCUUACCCAAGGAUAUUUUUCAUUGUUUUUAGAGAGAGAAGAAAGGAGAGAGAAACAUUGAUGCAAGAGAGAAGCGUCAAUAGGUUGCCUCCCACACAUGCCAGGAAUGGGGACUGAACCUGAGAGCUUUUGGUUAUGGGACAGCAUUCCAACCAACUGAGCCACAUCAGCCAGGAUUCCCAGUGUAUAGCAAAGGGGGAAACAUUUCUUUUUUUUUUUUUUAAAGAGAGGGCAAAGAAGGGAGAAAGAGAGGGACAGAAACAUCCUUGUGCAAAAGAAACAUUCAUUAGUUACCUCUUGCACAUCCCCUGCCGGGGACCUAGUCCAUAACCCAGGCAUGUGCCCUGACCAGGAAUUGGAGUGGUGACCUUUAAGUUCUCAGUCCAGUGCUCAAUGCGCUGAGCCCCACCAGCCAGGGUAGGGGGAAACAUUUCUGACUCGAGCUUGUCACCAGAAACUGAUUGGUUCACAUUGUCAC